AACGUAGAAGAUGAUGUCUCCUGAGCUAUCACAAACUUUACAUAAUCUUAAAAACAUUAAAUCAUUAUAGCAAACAUAAGAAAAUUAUUUUUCAUAUUUUUCUCUUCAGUUUAUCUCGUUUUAUUAUUUAUCUAUUUUUCAUCAUUUUAUGUCAUCUUCCAUGAUUAAAAGGUGGAGGAGGAGGGCAAAAAAAAGAAAAGAGAAUGGAGGAAAGGAUUGAAUUUUUUUAAAAAAAUUAAAUUAUAAAUAAAGAAAAUUUAUGUCUAUUUUAGAAGGGAUGAUAUAAAAAUAUUCAAAGUACUUACGGAUUGUAAAUAUAAAAAAAUUAUAAAUAGUAAAUUUUUUUCGAGAAGUCAUCCAAUAUAAUUAUAAUAUAAUAUAACUACGAAUUUUCAGUCCUACUCGUUACAGGUCCUCCACGUAUUAACAGCACCGAUGGUUCAAUAGCGGGGCCCGCUGGAUCCCAGCUUUUAGCAAUCAUGAGACAGGUAACACAAUGGGUGCUUCGGGUACUGGUGGAAAAGGGAUAACGCUAACCCUUUUCCCAGGCUUUCGAGUCUCUUAUUCCGGCCGAUCGUCUCGACUCCUCCCGACGCCUGAUAUCUACUUCGUCCGGCGAUUCCUCUCUCAAUCGGCGGUGCGAUUAACGAGUGUAAAUUUGAGGUUCAAUUAUCUUUUAGCAUUUUGAUUGAAACAGCAACGAAUAAGCGUUUCUAGGGUUUCUGUUCUUGUUUACAAGACGUGGAGUAAGCCCCAAAUCUAAAUCAUUGCCACAUUACUUUAAAAAUAUCUGGCAGGAGGUGGAGAAGAAGGGAAUGCGGCUUGAUUAACAUUAAUCUAACCUAUAUCCAGCUACAGGUGCAACCAUGGCAUGACUAAUUUAUAAAGAUGUGUUAAGAGCAAACUCCUGAUGUGCUGAAGAUUGUAAAACAGAGAAUUGAGAACAUCCAGUAGCUGUUGGCGGUAUUAUCAACUUGCCUCUUUUGUGUUGAUCUGGUACAUCAUAAAACAAAGAAAGUUUGAUAUGGGGACAUUAAAUCCUUUGUGGUUCUUCAUGAAGAAGUCUAUGACAGUGGCUCUGUUUGGUAUAACAAUUUCUGACAGAUAUGCCACUGUUUAUUCUUUAACGGGUACAUCUAUGAGUCCCACAUUUACAACAAGCAGUCCUGGUUUUCCUGGAUAUUUGAAAGGUGAUAUUGUGCUGGUUGAAAAGUUCUGUCUUGAAAAGUAUAAAUUUUCACGUGGGGAUGUAAUUGCCUUCAAAUCCCCGAGUGAUCACAAACGGGAAUUUGUCAAAAGACUAAUUGCAUUGCCUGGUGAUUCGAUGCAAAUUCCAGAUACAUCUGAUAUACUGAAGAUUCCAGAAGGUCAUUGCUGGGUUGAAGGUGACAAUAAAGAAUUUAGUUUGGAUUCGAGACAUUUUGGCCCUAUUCCUUUGGGCUUAGUUCAAGGGAGAGUGACACACAUUAUUUGGCCGCCACAAAGAAUAAGUAAGGUAGAGAGAAAGGUGGCAAUGGAGAGAGUCAGAUCAACUUAAUUUUGUUUUACAAGAUUUGGUAGAUCCCCACCACACUCUGGUGUUAGAUUUGGUAGACAAAGAUGCCCAAUUGCGUGAACCCUAACCUUGCCAAAUCCAGGCUUCCUCCAACAGGGUUGCAUGCCCAAUUCUGCAGAUGUUACCCAGCAGAGGAGCAGGGUUUGCUUCUCACUUACUCCAUCUCAUGGAAUUGCAGUUUAUGGCCAUCUCUUGUCCCCUCUAUGCUGAUGACCUUCUAACAGUGGAAGGUAAUCAUCGUUGCUACAAGGAACAGCUUUACUUCCGAGCUUAGGAUUAGAGGGUGGGGAUUGCCUCAGUCUGGCUUUGUCCCUUCCGUGGACGUUCAUGUGACCCCCGAGAGCCUGAGCUGACUUGAACUCCCUCCUGCAGAAGCUACAGCAAUACGUCCUCGAAGGCCAUGUGAAGCCCCCUCUUCGUAGUUGGCUGUACGUCCAUGGCUUCUUCUCCUUAUCCUUGCUGUCCCUGGUAGAGUUGGCUGUAGCAUUCUUCUCCAUGCGUCCAACCUGCAAUGAUAAGUCAUUUCUCACCUGAGAGGCAGCGGUUUCUCUUUCCUCUUUAAUACGAGUAUGGUUGUCGCAGAAGUGCCCAUCAAAUUCCAACUCCGAAACCUUCAAAUAUCUGCGACCAUAACUGGGGAAACACUUGGCAGAACUGGCUUCGGGCCGCCUGCCACCUGAUGCUCCUUGCUGCAUUUAUUUGUUAGCACAAUGUUCCAACGAGCGUUCUUGGAGCUCUUCGCGUAAGAGAGAAGGCAUUGUUCUGAUGAUAUGACUGCAGCGAAUGUAAAUGUGUAGCAAUUUACUAUUUAUAAUUUUUUUUUUUAUUUACAAUCCGUAAGUACUUUGAAUAUU